UUUUUUAAACCGAUUCGAUCAGCCUUUCUAUAAAUUUCAAAACCAUGUUGCUUUGCUAAAGCUAAACCUCACUCGUUAAACUCUUUUUUGCCUCUUAACCUUCUUCAGUCCCUAAUGAUGAGACAUUCCGAUUUGUCUUCCCUUAUUCGACUCAACAUCGGUGGGAAGAAAUUUUGUACUACUAUUGAUACAUUGACCUGUCGUGAGCCUGAUUCCAUGUUGGCUGCUAUGUUUAGUGGUCGACAUACAGUAUGUCAGGAUGCUGAGAAGGGAUAUGUCUUUGUUGAUAGGGAUGGUAAGCAGUUCCGGCAUAUUCUAAACUGGUUAAGGGAUGGUGUUGUUCCUACAUUGACAGAUUCUGAUUAUUCAGAGCUCAUACGAGAGGCAGAAUAUUACCAGUUACUUGGACUGAUAGAAGGAAUCAAUUCUAUUCUUAAUAAGAGGAAGGAUGAUGAAGACUCUUGUGCGGAAUUGACACGUACUGAUAUCAUCAAGUGCAUACAAUCUGAAAGAGUUAGAUUUCGAGGAAUUGAUCUUUCUGGUCUUGAUCUCUCUAAGUUGGAUCUUUCAUUUGUGGAUUUCAGCUUUGCAUGUCUUAAAAAUGUGUUCUUUUCACGGGCAAAUCUUCAUUGUGCAAAAUUUCGGGAUGUGGAUGCCGAGGGCUCCAUCUUUCACAAUGCAACUUUGCGUGAGUGUGAAUUUACUGGUGCAAAUCUUCGUGGGGCUUUACUAGCUGGUGCCAAUCUUCAAAGUGCAAAUCUUCAAGAUGCUUGCUUGAUAGGUUGUAGCUUUUGCGGGGCUAAUCUCCGGUCUGCACACUUGCAGAAUGCUGAUCUUACUGAUGCCAACUUAGAGGGAGCUAAUCUUGAAGGAGCCAAUCUGAAGGGUGCAAAAUUAAGUAAUGCCAACCUGAAGAGUGCGAACCUCCAAAGGGCUUAUUUACGACAUGUUAAUCUUCGUGAUACGCAUUUGGAAGGUGCUAAGCUUGAUGGUGCCAACUUGCUUGGAGCAAUCAGGUGAUACAUACAUAUAUAUAUGAUGGGGUUAUGAAAUGUUUAUGAAACUUCACUUGGAAGGCAAUAAAGAUGGUGGGGGUGAAGAUGCAAAUGGUUUCCUGAGUUGACUCGUUCAUAACAGUAAGAUAUAUGUCAUUGGAAAUUUUUAUUUUUAUUUUAUGUUUUUGGGGGUUGCAAAUUUAAGAUCAUAAAAAAAUAGGCAAGAUCCAGGAAAAGUAUUGAAAGACAAAUACAUUGGUGGGUUGCACAUUUUAUGGUUUUUCAUUAUUAACAUGUUUGAUAAAAAAAGAAAGAAAAAAAGAGAGAUAUACAAUGGAACUUUGUAAUUAUUAUUUUAAUUUAUUUAUUUGAUUUCUAUUUAA